AUGGGUGAUGUAGAAAAGACUUUUGAUUUAUUUAACUCGAGUGGUGAUGAACAAUCAGUGAAUGCAGUUGAUGGUGAUAUAUGUGAGAGAAGUGCUGAAUCAACGGAGUUACUGAGAAUUCCGGAGAAAAGAAUGAGGUCCGAAAGUGAUGAAAUAGUUGAAGAUGAUGAUGGCUUUGUAACAGUUAGAAAAGGCAAGAAAAGGCUUUCAAGGAGAUUAUCGGAAAAGAAUACAGAAAAUGAACAGGAACAUAAUAAAGAAUCAGAGGGUACCGACAAAAUUAUCGUCAGUGUCACGUCCAAGGAGAUUUUACCCAAACAAUUUGGUUUAGCAAAAAAAUUAAGAACUGAAAAAAUUGAUAAUAUCCUGAAAAUAUCUUAUAAGAACCCCUACAAAGUACUAAUUGAAUUUGAAGAUAAAACAAAUGCACAGAAGUUAGUAAAUUGUGAAAGUUUUCAUGCUUUAGGUUAUAGAUGCCAAUUCAUGAAUGAAAUAAGUUUAUGUUACGGGGUUGUGAAGAAUAUAGAUUUGGACAUAGAAGACAAAGAGUUUCAGGAUAGUUUAGAAUGUGAGUACCAGGUAGUUUCUGUUAGACGUUUAAAAAGGUUAACUGACACAGGAGGAUGGAUAAAUAGCGAGUCUGUACGGCUAUGUUUCAAAAGCUCCACUUUGCCCCCAUAUGUCUGUAUAUAUGGGUACAGGUUUAAAGUGGAGCCAUACACCUUUCCGGUGACGCAAUGCUCGGCAUGCUGGCGUUAUGGUCACCCAUUAAAAAUGUGUCCAUCAAAAAAGAAUUUAUGUCCCAAGUGUGGUGAAGAACACGCUAACUGCGAAACUAAAGAGUAUAAAUGUUUAAAUUGUAAAGGAGCACACAUGGCGCUAGAUAAAUCCUGCCCUAUUUUUUUAAAAGAAAAGGCGAUACGAAACAUAAUGUGUCAAGAAAAUUGUACGUACGGGAAAGCAUUGUCACUUUAUAUAAACAAAGCCAGAACAACAAGGGAGCUAAAUAAUGUGUAUCAACUCAACUCAAAUAAACCGACAAAUAAGACCUCUUACACUACUAUUGAUUCCAAUAAAAAGAGUUUUAGAGACGUGCUUAUGACCAAUGUAUCGAACAGCAAUAUACAACAAAGCAGUUCAAAUUCUGAAGAGAACAUGGAUAGUGACAAAGAAAAGGACAAAAAUCAUAUACCCUCCCCGAUUUUAGGCAAAAACAGGUCCAAGAAGAACGAAUAG